GCACAACCGCUAGAGAGCCUAGUUUGUGAGACCCCACUGCCACCAUUUUCAUGCAGGCGUCCUCAAGUCCUUGUUGUGUACCUGCUGCUUUCUGUUUUUAAAUUUUACCUACAUCAGAGUGCGCACGGAGUUGAUUUCUGUCCCUUCUCGGCCCUGGUAUCCGACCGCGGACACCUGGGUCUGGGCAGGCGUUCCCGGGCUUGCUGGGUUGGCCCGGGACCGAGCCGGGGGUCCCCAUGGCGCAGCUCCUUACCCCGGGAAGGCCCUCGGCUCAGCCGGUGUUCAGGAAGCCCGGGGCCGUGAGCUUCGCGGAUGUGGCCGUGUACUUCUCCCCCGAGGAGUGGGGCUGUCUGCGGCCCGCGCAGAGAGCCCUGUACCGGGAGGUGAUGCGCGAGACCUACGGCCUCCUGGGCGCGCUCGGUGAGGGCCUUUCCUGGCCUCCUGGGCUCGUGCUGCGCGUGACACUGUGUGUCCAGCGGUGCAGCCGGCCAGUUGUGAAGGGGGCUGUGAUUGUGCCCAUGCAGCGCCCUCACUUCAUAUCUAGCUAUGUUGAUUGUCACCCAGCGUUUCCACUCCUGCUCUGCUGCCAUCACUGUGACUCCCUUCUGGAGGCUUCUUCAGUUCUUCCCAUCCACCUGUGGCAAGUGCUCAGCCCUCUGGACUUGGGAUUGGGGGCCACACUGAUGCCCUUCUUUAUGCUGCCUCUGGACAUCCACACACCCUGCAUGCUCAGAUGCUGUGUCCUCUCCCCUCCAGUGUCCUGUCUGUCACCAUGUAGGGGUGUGGGAGCCAAAGAGCAGGAUCAGACAGAGUCUGAGUUUUUCCUUGGUCUCCAAACAGAUUGCAGACAGGAGGAAAGGAAGAGACCGAAGGAAGAGACUGAGGCAACCCAGAAGACAUUUUCUACACAAGGUGGGCCGAAGGAGCCUCACCCCUCCUUUGCUGGACCCCCUUGCAACUUGGAGCUGCUGUCCAAGGACCCUCACCAGGGCCACCCCCCUCUUGUUGUCCAUGCCACUGUCCCAAGAGCAGAUCAGCGCCAUGGCUGCCGUGUGUGUGGGAAGAGUUUUGCCUGGCAGUCCACAUUGGUGGAGCACCUGUACACUCAUACAGGUGAAAAGCCAUUCCGUUGCCCUGACUGCAGCAAGCCCUUCGGCCGGGCUUCCUCCCUAAGCAAGCAUCGGGCCAUACACCGAGGCGAAAGGCCACAUCGCUGUCCUGAUUGUGGACGUGCCUUUACGCAGCGCUCUGCCCUCACGGCCCAUCUCCGCAUCCACACUGGCGAGAAGCCCUACGGCUGUGCUGAUUGUGGGCGCUGCUUCAGCCAGAGCUCUGCACUCCAUCAGCAUCAGCGGGUACACAGUGGCAUGACCCCCUUUCCUUGCACAGACUGUGGCAAAGCCUUUGCCCAUGCCUCAGAUCUUCGGCGCCACGUGCGCACCCAUACAGGUGAAAAGCCUUACUCAUGUCCUGACUGUGGACGCUGCUUCCGCCAGAGCUCUGAAAUGGCAGCCCACAGGCGAACCCACAGUGGCGAGCGACCCUACUCUUGCCCUCAGUGUGGCAGGUGUUUUGGCCAGAAGUCAGCAGUGGCAAAGCAUCAGUGGGUCCAUCGGCCAGGGGCUAGGGGCCAUAGGGUCGGAGAAGCCAGUCAGUUAUCCAUAUCCCUGGCCACAGGCCACGGGGACCCGGAUCCACCUGUGGGCUUCCGGCACUAUCCAGAGAUAUUACAGGAGUGCGGGGGAUGGUCUUAAAAGCUCGACCAUAGAAGGUGAAAUAUACACACUGUUUGAAGCCCAGAGGCUUUGAACCUAUGGCAUCCUCUGGAAGUCACAGAAGUUCUAGCAAGGGCUGGUCCUGGAGACAGAGUACAGUCUUGUGGGUGGUUCCCAGAUGUGUUUGCACACACACUGAUCCCACUGGUCUAGGUUCUGAGUCUAUUUGGGCUAGGGUGGGAAACCCACUAGAACUUGUAUGAGGAGCAAGAACAGUUUUCUGGCUCAGAAGUAUUGAGAGGCUCGAGGUUGAAGAGAACCUCGUAUGAUCCAUUGCCUCUUUAAUGCAGAGGCCAAAGUUGAUGGCUGUGUGAACUGAGAGCUGCAUUUUCAGGGUUAUUAGUUACCGGUCAAGAUCCAAGUGUGGUGGUGCAUGCCUAUGAGAGACAGGAAGGUCAGGAAUUUGAGACCAAUUUGGGCUACCUGAGAGUCCAUCUAAGGUGAAUGAAUAAAUAAAUAAUAAGUGAAAUUAAUUGAGGUUUAAAAGUCAAAGUAGUUCGGGCCUGGAGAGAUGGCUCAGCGGUGGUUAAAAGCACUGACUGUUCUUCCAGAGGUCCUGAGUUCAAUUCCCAGCAACCACACGGUGGCUCACAACCACCUUGAAUGAGAUCUAGUGUCUUCUGUUGGC